AUGGCGAACUUACGGUUCGCGGUGAGCAUGCAACGGUUAAUACCGUUUCUUGGCUUCCACCAUGUUCUCAUGAUUCUUAUUGCAAUUGCUAUAAUAUUGCUUUCAUUGCUACUAGCAGGAUGCUCGUCCACUUCACCACUCAUCCCCGGCAUCUUCCUCAUCUCCAUGUGGUACGAACAGUUCACACCCACCUACGCACCUGAACAGGUCGACCCCGGUGUCACAGCCGCAAUUGCCAACAUUGUCGGCAACGCACAGCUUGGUGUGCGCGUCGGCUACUUCGGCAUCUGCAUCAACCGAGACGGUGGUGGCUUCAUCUGCUCCAACAAUGCCACAGCGCUCGUCGACAACGUGUCCGUUGACCAGGACCCGCUGAACCUCGUCUGGGUUGCUGCUACCUUCAAGGAUGCCGUUGUUUUCCCUUACUUGCUCAUUGUCGCCAUCAUCCUCGCCUUCUUCACAUUCAUCCUCCUUGCCACCUUCCCCGGAUGGCACGAGGAGAGAGACGAGCGAACCGGAUCCGAUGUCGACGUCAAGCCCUUCCCGUCAAGGCCUGUCUCACAAGUCGCCCUUGCGCUCAUCUUUAUCUCGUCCAUCUUCGUCCUGGUUUCCGUACUCUGGCAACAUACAGCAUCUGUCGCAGCCGCAACCAUUGUGCAAGAUCUGGGUAACGGCAGCGUCAAGUCCGGUGUCGGUACAUCAGCCAUGGUUCUUGGAUGGUUCGGCUUUGUGCUACUCAUAAUAGUAACCAUCGGGUUGCUCGUUAUGAUUCUCAGCAUCAUUGUUCUCGACCGUCUUACCGACAACGACUAA